GUCGGGUAACGGAACGGAAUAGCUAUUUCCCGGAGUCCUAGUCCCCACCUAUUCCUCAUGUAAUGCUCAAACACAGCAUAAGCCGAUUCCCGUCAUUUUGGUUUGGACAGGUGAAAUUGAACACGCGCCUGCUGUAGCUCGCUGCCUCACUCUCCUCACUGCAGCGAGCUCGCUAGAGGAAGCGGAGUCCAUCCAUGGAGGAGCAGCAGCAGCCGCAGCUCCCGAAGAAGCGGGGGAGGAAGCCGAAGCCGAAGGAGGAGAGGAAGGAGGAGCAGAGCAAGGCGGCGAAGGAGAGCAGCGGGAGGAGGUCGCACUCUCACGCUGCUGACGAGAAGUACACCCAGUGGAAGUCCCUUGUUCCCGUCCUAUAUGACUGGCUCGCCAACCACAACCUCGUCUGGCCUUCUCUCUCUUGCCGGUGGGGCCCCCAGCUUGAGCAAGCUACUUACAAGAACAGGCAGCGUCUGUAUAUUUCGGAGCAGACCGAUGGCAGCGUUCCAAAUACCUUGGUCAUAGCAACGUGUGAUGUUGUGAAACCUAGGGUUGCAGCAGCAGAGCACAUAUCUCAGUAUAAUGAAGAAGCACGCUCACCAUUUAUUAAGAAGUACAAGACCAUUAUACAUCCGGGAGAGGUUAACAGGAUUCGGGAACUUCCUCUAAACCCUAAGAUAGUGGCAACUCAUACUGACAGUCCUGAUGUUCUAAUUUGGGAUGUGGAAUCUCAACCCAAUCGCCAUGCAGUCUAUGGAGCCACUACUUCUCGACCAGACCUGGUUUUGACUGGACAUCAAGACAAUGCAGAGUUUGCUCUCGCAAUGUCUCCUGCUGAACCUUUUGUGCUCUCUGGAGGGAAGGACAAGACAGUGGUUCUGUGGAGCAUCCAAGACCAUAUAACGACCUCUGCCACAGAUCCAACCGCAAAUAACUCUACUGGAUCUGGUGGAUCAAUCAUAAAGCAAACUAAUGAUGAAGGUUCCACUGGGCCUUCUGUUGGACCAAGAGGCAUUUAUGUUGGGCAUGAGGACACAGUUGAGGAUGUGGCUUUUUGUCCAUUAAGUGCACAAGAGUUUUGCAGCGUUGGUGAUGAUUCUUGUCUCAUCUUGUGGGAUGCACGUGUUGGCACUAGUCCAGCUGUUAAGGUUGAAAAGGCACAUAAUGCAGACAUCCACUGUGUUGAUUGGAACCCUCAUGAUAGUAAUCUGAUUCUUACCGGUUCAGCAGAUAACUCCAUUCACAUGUUUGAUCGCCGGAAUCUCACCUCUGAUGGAGUUGGGUCCCCAGUUUAUAAAUUUGAGGGACACAAGGCUGCUGUUCUUUGUGUACAGUGGUCUCCGGAUAAGUCAUCAGUCUUUGGAAGUUCUGCUGAGGAUGGUCUGUUAAACAUCUGGGACUACGAGAAGGUAGGGAAAAAGAUGGAAGGUGGGACAAAGUCUUCUGCUCCUGCAGGCUUGUUCUUCCAGCACGCUGGUCACAGGGACAAAGUUGUGGACUUUCACUGGAAUGCAUACGACCCAUGGACUAUGGUCAGCGUCUCUGAUGACUGUGACACAACUGGUGGAGGUGGUACACUUCAGAUAUGGCGUAUGAGUGACUUGAUCUACCGACCGGAGGAGGAGGUCUUGGCCGAACUGGAGAAGUUCAAAGCGCACGUGAUCGAAUGCUCAAAAGCAUGAAAGAGCGUCAACCAUCUGUAGCGGAACAACCCUCGUAUGUUAGUUGAGCACCCGCGACAAACUCUGUGUUGUGUUUAGCUGUCCAUCUCCGUAACAUUGGUAGAAGUAGUAGGUGGUGUAGAUGUGCACUCUGGUGCUGUUUAACAUCCAGGACUUCCUGGAGCAUUUGGUCCGGUUUCUUUCUGACAAAAAACCGAACAAUGGCUUGUGUAGUCCAGAUUUCCACUGUGUUGUACCUUUGCAUUGCGAAACAUAUGAUAGGCAAUAUUGCCGAGCUCUGAAACUUUUCUGAGGUAUUAAGGUUAUGACUAA